CGGACGCGCAACUCACCACUCCUUGCCCUCAUCUCUCUUCCUUCAAACAUUCUCUCUGCCAUCUCCAGAAUCAGCCGAAUGAGGGGACUGGGAAAGAAAAACAAGUGAGUGAAAGAAAGAAAUAAGCUGGGAAGGAGAGAGAGAGAGAGUGAACGCGCGAGCGCGGUGCUCCAUGGUCACUCGCCCAUUGGAAGCUCGAGAGCACAUUUUGGAUUCGACUUUUUCUUGGAGGGGACUUGGGCAAGAAACAAGCGUUUGUUGGCGUGCCAAAGGCGAACAGCCAUGCACCUGAAUCGGGAGGACGAGGAGGGAAAAGGUUCUUUGUCUCUGUGCGUGUUCCUAGUUUCGUUGGGAUUAACGGUGUGUGUUGUGUGGCUGGUGGCACUAUGCGGGAUCUGCGGAUGGUGCCAACGCAAACUGGGGAUGAGGAAUAAGCCGGGGGUGGAGACAGCGGGGACCCCAGACUCGGUGUCUGUGUCGGGGAGAGGCCGAGGAGAAAAUAAAGCCAUCAAUGAUUUAGACAGGGACUUUUGGAAUAACAACGACAGCAGUUCUGUGCAGCAGCGCUGGAGCUCCUAUCCACCCAAGGAGUUCAUCCUCAACAUGUCCCCCUACACCCCAUAUGGAGACCCUCGCCUCACGCCCAAUGGAUCGCUGGAGAAGGGGGAGGCGGGUGGGGGGGCAGUGGGGGGUCCCAGUCGCAGUGACAGCUGCAUAGGCGCAGGGACCAGCAAGUCCGGGAGGUGGCAAACUGUCCAGAGCCACCUGCACUCCGGCAGCUUGAGACCCAACAAUUUUGGUGACCCCUCUCUUUCCACCACCUCCACUUUGGAGCAUAUCCCGUCCUCAGCAGCCCGCCCCAGGCCCCUGGUCAGGCAGCAAAGCCUCCAGCAGCCCCUAACCCACCAGCCCCCGCCAGGCCCCAACGACCCCCCAGCCACCUCCCAGAGUCUGGGCCAACUGCACACCGGGCCCGUGGGUGGGGGCCACCGGGGGGGCCCCCGGGGGGUGCGUGGUAGCCCGGCUGGGGCAGGGGCGUCCCGCUACAGGUCGGGUGGAGGGGCACGAUCGCGGUCCAAUCCUGGAAGCUUUGACCACGUGAUGGGACAGAUCCGGACCAGAGGCAUGGACGUCAAGUCAUUCCUAGAGGGGAAGAUGGUUGUGCUGUCCCUCGCGAUCGGAUUGGCUGAGCAAGAUGACUUCGCCAACCUUCCAGAUCUAUCAGAAGAGGUACCAGCGAACCAGGAAACACCUCCCACCGACAAAAGAUCUAAUAAACCCGGCAGCAGCCCCAAAGGUCAGACCCCAGAUGAGAGCAACCGCCGGACAGACGCGAACUCUUCCGUCUCAGACCUGGCCAACUCUGUCACGAGUGAUCUGGUGAUGUUGUCCCCAGGAUCUGAGGAAGAGGAACAUGAAGGACCCGUGUGUGAAAAGUUGGGACGCAUCCAGUUCAGCGUGGGAUACAGUUUUCAGGACUCCACACUAACAGUAAAAAUCCUGAAGGGUCAGGAUCUACCUGCGAAAGACUUUUCUGGAACUUCAGACCCAUUUGUUAAACUCUACCUUCUGCCAGACAAGAAGCACAAACUUGAGACCAAGGUCAAAAGAAAGAACCUCAACCCUCAUUGGAACGAGACCUUCCUAUUUGAAGGGUUCCCAUUUGAGAAGGUGGUGCAACGCACAUUGUACCUGCAAGUGCUAGAUUAUGACCGUUUUAGCAGAAACGACCCUAUAGGAGAGGUGUCCAUCCCCCUGAACAAGAUGGAUCUGGCCCACAUGCAGACCCUCUGGAAAGAGCUGAAACCCUGCAGUGAUGGAAGUGGGAGUCGAGGAGACCUCCUUUUGUCUCUGUGUUACAAUCCCACUGCCAACACCAUCACUGUGAGCAUCGUCAAGGCACGCAAUCUCAAAGCCAUGGACAUCGGGGGAACAUCCGACCCCUACGUCAAAGUGUGGCUGAUGAACAAAGAUAAACGAGUGGAGAAGAAGAAGACGGUGGUGAUGAAGAGGUGUUUGAACCCAGUAUUUAAUGAGUCCUUCCCCUUCGAUGUCCCCGCUCACGUCCUCAGAGAAACAACCAUCGUCAUCACAGUCAUGGAUAAGGACAGACUGAGCCGCAAUGAUGUCAUAGGCAAGAUCUAUCUCUCAUGGAAGAGUGGCCCAGCAGAGGUAAAACAUUGGAAAGACAUGAUGAGUCGUCCGCGCACUGCUGUCGCUCAAUGGCACGCUCUCAAAGCUUGAAGGACCCGCCCACCAAAAUUUGUUUAUGGAGAUUCUUCCUUUAUUCACUGCUUUUAUUUUUUCCCACCAAAAAGAGGCUAAGCACUGCCAAGAAGACUGGGAGAGAAAGUCUUGCAUAACUGAGAGAGGUAAACAGACUCGUUUUCCUUGAGAAAAAAGUUUGACAUCUCUACUGUUCUCUGAACAGCUGGACCGCGGAACAGGGUGACUUCUAUCAACUUCAAUCGCUGAACUUGAAACGGCUGAAAACAAUCUCCCGAACAGACCCCUAUAUUGCCAUUUUUGUGUCUCACCUCCCUCGUGCCGUCCCUCUGAGCGUACGGAAAGAUCCGGAAGGAUCGCAACCACAGUGCAAUACCUAGUUGAAGGAGGGAUGAACUUGUUAUGUGUUGGACUUCGUCACCUCUUGAUGUUUUUUUUCUCGGAACAGUGUAGAAAUUCGUUGGAACUCUUUGUCGUCUGUAUGUACUGUGGGUGCUGUUAUGUGACAGAAAAAAAGAGGUCUUGUUAAAAAAAAAUGGGAAAACAUUAAAAUUUAAGCUCACUUUA